AUGUUGUCAUCUUUGCGUAUCGAUAAGCUAUUUACUGCAUAUGCACAGAAUAACUCUGUAUUCCAAUUAGAAUCUUGUGCCUCUUAUGAGGUCUCGCAAAGAAACAGCAGUCAAUGUAUCCCGAGUACUUCUGUAAUAAGCAGUAGCACUGUAGCUAAGAUUUGGCCGGGUGUCUCUGUUAGACAAUGGAUUAGUAUUGGGUUAUAUAUCCUGCUGGUUCUUUUGAGUGGUAUUGCUAGCUCAAAUGCAGUUGAGGACUCGCGUAUAAAAGAACUUCCCAAACUACCAAGCUCGCAGCAAAUGAUUGGCGAUCUCUUAAGAAUUGGCUUUCAUGCUGAUAAAGAUGAACUAAUGGUGCGAGUUGAUUAUUACGGGCCGAAUCUAAAUCAAAAACUGGUUAGUACUAACCCAAUCCAACCCCAAUCUGUUUCUCCUGACAGCAGCAUAUCAAACUCACACAUUUUGCCACCAAGUCGGUUGCCCAUAUAUACAGUGAACUGCGAAAACAAGAAAUUGACCUUUCAGAUAGCCAAAAAACAAACACCAACGGAACUCGGUGUGAAACUAUAUCUGCUACGUGAUAUUGCUGUUAUUAAGACUAAUGUCUUGUAUGUUAGCUACACAAGCUGUAGCAUAUCAAACUCUUCUUUUGUUUCUCGAGUGAUUAACAUGGUUGACUGCACACAGAUUGUACUUGAUAUUGCUACUGGCCAUGCACUGAACACAUGUAUUGGCCAUGCGGAGUUGGAUGAGUGUUUGAGUGAAGCAAGGAGUGCAGCCAGCUACAUUACUCAUAAUAAUAAGAUCCUUGUGCUUAUUCAAUACGCUGCAGAGGCUUUGAUUCCUGAUUUAAUGGCCUACGGGCUAGUAUUUGCGCGGCCAGUGAUAUUUUUCUUAUCGAACUAUCCGGACAAGAUUCAUCCGAUCUUGGAGAUUCCCAGUUGCAUCUUUUGGCAAAAUAGACCUUAUACCAGUGCCUCUGCCUCCACGUCCAAUAAGAUUAAUCUCACGGACCUUCAAAAGUACCAUCCCAGAUGCCAACAUACCAGCAUCGUAUCUUUGGACGAAAAACAGAUAGGGAUAAAUUUAUACAACACGCCCAAUGAUUCUGAUGCUAAUAACCCUCCACCUCUAACUCUGCAAGCACGCUUGGCCAAUCUUAUAUUUUUGUAUAAGAUGUGCCUGCAUCAUGUCCGUGUUGAUAUUAUUUACGGUCCUGAAAUAACUACAGAGUCCGCUCAAAUGAUGAUUGAAGCCCAUGAUAACCCAACGCCAAUGGAACCUAGAAUCUUUGCCAAAACUGCGAUGCUUUUAAUUCCUAAGGCAAUGCCAUGCAAAGAACUAUACAGGAGCAUCUACACCUCACAAGCUUUUGCUAAUCUUGGCAUCAUAGUUCAAAAUAUUCAGAUUGAGUAUGUUAAAAACCGGACAGACUUAUAUGAUACCCUAAUGCUUCUUUGGAAAAUCAAGGCAAUACCACGUCCUGAAAGCAAUCCAAACCUGAUUGUAUGUUGCAAGGGUGAUUCUCUCAACCAAUCCUAUUGGAGGCCGCCAGCCAUAAUCGAUAUACAGCUUGACAACCAGUGCUUAAAUGACAAAAUCUUGGAGUACAAGCACUGCACCGGCUCGUUCUUCUGCCAGAAUAUACACUACCAGAACAUCCACAUUAAUGGAAAGGAAGCACCAGACGCGAGCUUAGCUUCCCUCUGUAUUGAGCUCCUAAACCUAUUCCUGAACAUCACGGCUGCUAAGGUUCAGAUCUCCAACAUUCGGACUGACAAUUGUAAAACUGUGGUUAGUGAUUGGAGCGCCUUAAACUCAACUGACAGGCCACAAUACACCGCUAACAUUAAUACUCUAGUCUUCAGCAAUGUAGACGAGUCGUUUAUUUGCUGUAUCUUGAAGAGGUACAGGUUUAGCACUAAGAUCAAACUGAAGUUUAAGAACCAACAAUUCCAAAACCUUGCCAUUGCCCAAAUCCUUUCUUUUCCCAUAGGCCAAUCAAUCUCAUCUCUCAUUGUCUAUGAUUGGCAUGCACUAGAUGAAGUGGCAUAUUUUGACCGGCAAAACGACCUUAAGACAUUCUUGCUCUUCAACUAUGUGAGGGAUAAUUCUCUGCUCAACCAACCCAAUACUAACCUCAACCUCCAUAAGCUGGUUAUAAACCCAGGGAAGAUCGACUUUGAUCUGCAUGCUAGGAUUGUUCACACAUUUAGAAAGCUUAACGUUCAACUUCCAUGCAUUUCAUUUGAAGACAUCCUCACCAACCCAUCAUCUAGCCACCUAUUCCCUUACGCAUUGGAGAAAGUCGGCUAUACUAUUUUCGGCAUCAGUAUAGAAGACUUAAAGAAUGACACGGCCAUGCUCCAGGUCAGUAAAUCAACUAUACCCUGCCCAAAUACUAACUCAAAUACUAUCUCAAAUACUAUCUCAAAUACUAUCUCAAAUACUAUCUCAAAUACUAACCCAAUACAACCAAUCCAUUGUUUGCGCUUACACUUUAAGACCGGCGAGUUUCGAACCGAGGCUGAUUUAAUCGCCACUCUUCGAUGGGUUGCUUAUCGAUUUAAGAAGCCAACCUACUUAUGGAUAGAAAAUGCCGCGUGUUCUAAAAAUGAGAAAGCUGUUAUUUCUUGUCGUUAUUAUUUGAUUGACGAUCUGCAUUGUUGGCUUUAUUAUCUUUGGAUAGAAGAUGAACAUCAAAACGCGCUGAAGGUAAACCUUAUCCCGCACUGCCACCAGAAUAUCUUACUGGCCGCCAUCUCAAAUACUGAGCCUGCUUGUGUUGUAGUGCCAUUUACAGUCUUGUCGCGAUUCGCCAACCUUCUUAAUUGCCCCGGCCCGAUAGCUUCUAUUGUUCCUGCACACCUAAAUUUCCAUCCAUCACUCAAAAUAAUCAUAGACAAACUCAAAGAGCGGCUCGACAAUAAAGUCGAUCCUUAUCAGCAGAGAGGUUGUUCGAUCUGUUUUGAUGCUCUCUACACCAUUCAAGAAAACAUAGCCACCCUGGACUCCCAAUCCAACACUAACCUAACACCCACAUUCUUCGUCUACUCCGCGUGUGGACACAUAAUGUGUCUUACGUGUGCCGUUAAUGCCGUGGAUAACGAUUUUUGCCCAGAAUGCAAACAGUCCGGGAAGUUUUUGAGCAUCCAUCUACUGAAAAGUGUUCCUCUAGAUAGCAUUGUCUUUGUCGAGAAGGAUGCCACCGAUGCCACCACUGAUGUUCCUCUGUGGCUCAAAAAGACGGCAUUCUCAGACCAGCACAUCUAUUUCUAUUCUCCCUACAAUGAUCUAUCCACCCUAAAUAAUGAUCUCAAGGAACACUAG